GAGUUGAGAUCUAUUAAUAGAGAACAUCGGGAGCCAUCCAUGGUUCUUUCUCAAGUGGAUUGUUUCUAAUUCUAAAAUUCUGGCACAAGACAACAAGCAAAGAACCAUAAGAGCCACCACCACCAAACAGAGCAGACAACACUAUUACAACAACACUGGAUAGCUAGACUACUAGUAGCUAUCAAUAGCACUCAAGUCAGUCCAACAUGGAUCCCAACAACAGCAGCAACACCAACACCACCAGCAACGCAGCUUCUAGCAACGCUGCUUCUAGCGCUGUGGAUCUGAGCAGUUCAGGGUUCGCUCAAGCCUUUCUUCAAGCUCUCGGAAUCCAAAAUGCCGACAAUGGCGCUUUUUUGCUCGCGGCGGCCGCUGCUCCUAGCAACAACCACCAAAACAACAACAACCAAUACAACUCUCUCACGCUACAACCACAACAACCACAUCCACCUCAUCAGCAACAAGCUCCUGCGCCUCCACCACCUCCACCAGCAGCUUCCUUGCAUUCUUGGAACAACGCGCCGGCAACGACGUCAUCCGGUACUCAGUCGGCCGUGCUUCCAGCCGCGCUCCCAGGAAUGCCGUCUACUGCGGGACUCAAAACCACGGGAUUGCCUCCUGCUUCCUUGGGCACGGCACCCAACACAAACACAAACAGCACCUCCAAUGCUAACAACGGAGUACAAGGCAACCACAAUAACAACGACAUUACUCUCGCCACUCUUUUGGAACUACAGAAAACCUUUGGUCCACAAGCACUACAGACACUCCUGGACGCAAGACAGCGAGGAAACCUUGACAAUGUCACUGUACCAGUAGCUGCAACUGCAACCAAUCCCGCUCCCCCCAAUGCAGCAUCCCUCCCGCCACCUGCUGCUUCGAUGACGACCGAAAACACCAGCUUUUUCACCACGGAAAGCCUCAUCGCGGCAAGCUUUGAUGCACAAACCCUCAAUGAUCAGGUCGCCGUCUCUAUGCUUCUCAAGGAAAUCAAACAAGCCUUGAAAGUCUGCCUGCAGAGGAUUGCCGCAGUGGUCAACAACAACAACAAUGACGAGAGAGUCCAAGUCAUUGAUGAACUGCAAAGGCUUUCCGAUAGAGAAAAACAUCUGGAACAAGUACUCGCACUCAAGACACAGCCGCAGAACUUGACUCUACAGCAGUUACUUGAACAAAAAAUGCCUUCCACAAACACUGCCACCGAUGCAGACAGAAACGCUGCAGCGGCAAGGCUCGAACGCAUCUUGAAGGUAAACCCAGCUGCUUCGGCCGCCAUUAUGCAGCAGAUUGGUGGCACCACUACUGUUGCAGCUGCUACUAGUACUGCUGCUGCAGCAGCUACCAUUUCCCCAAGCAUCAACCCGCCCACAGCCAAUGGAGCUCUAGCGGAGCUGCAGCGGCUCCUACAGCAGCAACCACAAACACAUAAUGCUGCUGCUGCCGCUGCUGACAAUCUCAAGAGACCACCUCCUCCGGCCCCUGUUGCUGCGUUGCCCUCGGCAACCGCAACCACCGCAAGUGGCCUGCCAUCCACAUCCGCCACAUCACCACCGGUAGCCUCGCUCAAUCCGGCUCCUGCUCCUAGUAACAACCACGCUGGCAAUAGUGGUGGUGCCGCUGAUCCUAUCGCGCAAUUGCAGAUGCUCAUGCAACUGCAGCAAUCGCAAUCGCAGCAAACACCUGCCGGAAUCUUCGCAAACCAGCUGCAGCAGCAAAACGCUGUCGCUGCCCAACCACAGCCACAGCUACAUCAACAGCAACAGCCGCUUGCAAGCAUCCCCAACGGCAAUGCUCUCUCCAACUUCAACGUGGCUGCGUUGGCGGAGCUUUUGCAACGUCCACAGCAACAGAACCUUCCACAGCAACAGCAACCGCAGCAGUUGAACCCCGUUCAAAACCAGCACCAGAAUAUCUCGCAAGAAACACUCAUGGCUCUGCUGGCAUUGCAGCAGCCUGCACCACAGCAGCAACCUGCACUCCCGCCACCAGCACCACCACAGCAGCCUCAACUACUGGGGCUAGCCGCUGCGGGCACGGCAUCGUCAGCAGCAGCACUUGCUGCAAAUGCUGUCGCCUCAAACCAAGAAGCAGUCCAGCUCCUGACAGGGUUGCAGCAGGCAACGUUGCAAGGUAACCCCCCUCCUGCCGUUGCUGCUGCUGCUCCAGCUGCAGCUGGAACAUCCAGUGUCGAGCAAGAGGCAUACUUGUUGACACAACUUCAGGCUCGUGCGCAGCCACAUGCACCGGCUCAACUGCCCAAUGCGCACCCGCAAGAAGCUGCAGUGGAAUACGAUGACGAUUACGACGAUGAUGAAGACGAAGAGGAUGACGAAGAAGGAGCUUCGUCGGCACCAAAGAAGCGCAGGCGAGGUCGAACUGGUACUUUCCCACAGAAAAUGCACAACAUGUUGGAAGAUCUGGAAAAGAACGGGGAGUCCCAUAUCGCCUCCUUUCUCCCGCAUGGCAAGGCAUUCGCGAUUCAUCGAAACAAGGACUUUGUCAAGUUCGUCAUGCCGAAGUACUUCAAUAUGGGAUCGUUUGCAUCUUUUCAACGCCAGUUGAAUCUAUACAACUUUAAACGAAUCAACGAGGGGCCUGAUCGUGGAGCCUACCGCCACAGAGACUUUAUUCGUGGCCAGCCUCUCCGGAGCACGAACAUGAGACGAACCAAGAUCAAGGGAGCGGCUGCCAGAAGGAGGGGCCGAAGGUCCAAUUGUUCUUAAGGACAGCCACCAUCAGUGAUUGGGUGGUUUCUCUUGUCGACUACCGGUACUAGCUAGUUAGCUGCUAGUAUUAGUAGGUUUCAAGGCUCAUAGGAGCACAUUGGAUCAUCAUUGCAAAGAUUGAAGUUGGAGAGACCGGCCAAUAUGCAUACAAGAACUAGAAAACAACUUCUUUUUUCGACCAGAAUGGCGACGGAAGAGCUGCACACAUCCAUGAGAAUAAUCAAAGCUGGUGAUAUUUACAUGUAUUCUCGAAAGUCUUUUGCGUUUGCGCUGUACUGAACCUUACGGAGUUAUCCCCCAGGAGCAGGGUGCGGAAACGAGAUUUAACGGUCCUGCGUGAAACUACUAUUAAUAGUUUCACGCAGGCUUGCGUGAAACGAGAGAAGUGAAACCAAGUUUGCGAUUCGAUUCCCAGCUUUCCUUUUGAAAACGGUGAAACUACAUAAGCCAAGACCUUACUUGGGGGACAUUGAAAGGGCCGGAAAUCACGAUUUUAUGAAUCCAAGCAAAUUGAUCAAUUCAAAACCUAAAUAUAAAAUCGAAACCGAAAUAUAAAACCGAAACCAAAAUAUAAAACCGAAACCAAAUUACUAUGGUAAUUAACUAGUAAAAUCAAGCCGAAACCCAAAUAUAAGACCGAAUCCAAAGUAUAAAAUCGAAACACAAAUACAAAACUGAAACACAAGUAUAAACCGGAAUUUGGUGCAAAUCGCGAUUUCGGGCCGUUUCAUUUAUUUGCUGUCAACUCCAAAUAGCACCAUGAUGAGUACCGUACGUGAUCAUGAUUCUUAUUAAAUUUUGGUGAAGGAGGCUCUCGGAGUCUACCAGUAGUUUUGGGUGAGGUUUGUGACAAGGUUCUUUUCGUGCGUACCGGUACUGGGUGAUUCGAUUUCAUUCGAUUCUGUGUUCCAGUGACUGUGGAUACAAUGUCUCGGAAUGUCCAAUGUCUAAAAUAAUAUAACAGCUAUAUAACCA